GGGGUCUUUAGAAUUUCUUCCCUUGUUGCCUUGUUUGCUUGCUUUCAGCUUUCUUUGAUUCAUCGGUUUUUUGUUGAGCGAACGUUUUUGCCAAGAACGAUAACCACUCGAGCAUUUGAACACCCCUCGUCCUAAAGGACAGAUUGAACGGCUACUCGCCGCAGAUUCCCUUCCGUAAAAUGCGGAUAUUCCACCUGUUUCCCCUGCUUUUACUUGUGGAAUGGACGAAAGCUACGCGGAUUUCACGGGACUUGAUUGAUAACGGCGACGACAACAAUCUUGGGAUAUUGAAUCGAGUUCGCAUUCUUUUAGGCGAUGAUGACAAACAUGAUGACGAUGAUGAUGACAAAACGUCGUCGUCGUCGGCGCUUCCCACUGUAGGACCCACAAAUACGCCGGUGACGUUUACGACUAAACAACGGCAGGCGAUUACGUUGGAUGAGAAUGUCUCUCCUGUAGUUACUGUCUCGUCAACCAGUACUGGGACGACCCCGCUCAAGACGACACCAACGCCAACAUCCGUCAAGACUGACAAGGCCGGUCGCCCAUCCCCAACUCCAUCCCCUCCAACUUCGUCUCGCAUCGUUCCUGCGGGAAAACCCGCCAUCAACCUCCAGCUGCCAGUCGGUUCACUCGAAUUCGCCUAUGGAAUCGAUGACUUUGAACCCACCAAUUCUUUUCACUUUUACUGGACGGUGGAAACCGAUAGUAUACAUGGUGCCCUUACUUUCAAUGCCACCAAGUACUGGAUGGCAUCUAAAAAGGGCGAAAAAGGCAAAAGCAUUUGGAACGCUUGGAUAGGAUUCGGGUUCGGGCCCUCCAUGUUGACAUCUGACAUGUUGAUCCUGUACGCCAACCCGAAUACCAAGCGGAUCCUAUUCACAGAGUCGGAUCCGUCCAAAAAGUAUUCCCCGCCUGUUCCCUCCGCUCACAAAAUCUUGGUGACAGACGGGUUACUCCAGACGGUUGUCGACAAUACAAUUGUUUUUGAAUUUCGCCGCCCAAUACGUCCCUCUGACAACAACCACUGGAACAUUGACAUUGAUGAGGAGUUUAGUGUUAUCUGGGCAUUCAAUGCGGACCCAGAUGAGCGGGGCAAAGAUGGAUACCUCUUUUAUCACGGCGAACGGAAUAGAGGGAGACACCUGAUCAACUUUUUGAACGGAGCAAACAGGAUCGUGAAUGAUGGCAUGCGCUCCAAAGAAGCGCACGGAAUUGGCAUGUUCGUUUCUUGGUGUAUUUUGAUGCCGUUUGGACUCUUUUGGUCACGGUAUAUGAAAUCCCGCCCCGGAUGGAUGAGAAUCCACAUUGCGACCCAAACCCUCGCGACGCUCCUCACCAUCAUUUUUUGCUCCAUCAUCAUCGCCGCCCUCCGUCCCGAAGACCCGCGCAACACACCGCGAAGCGAGAACCACGAUCUCAGGUCGCAUCCUCUACUCGGCUUGAUCCUUUUCCCUCUUAUCAUGACCCAAGCUUUCCUCGGAACCUACAAUCGUCUCGGCUUGAGCGUGGAAUGGAUCAAACGGCAUAAAUGGUUCCGCAUCCUGCAUUCGUGGAUUGGAAAGGCCCUAGUCUUUACUGGGUUUGUGCAGAGUGGCUUGGGCAUCGAUAUCAUGUAUCCGUUGGAGGAAACGUACUUUAGGGGAAAGGGACAGUGGAUUUUCUUUGCGAUAGUGUGUGUCUUUUGGAUGGGGCUGUUUGUCGGUAGUGAGGCAGUUGGGUGGUGGAACAGGAGACGGACGCUGCAAGUUUCGGGAAAAAAGGUUAAUGCCUGGUACACACCCGGUAAACAAACGACUCCACCAGCCGUUAAGGAAGAGCUCUCAAAGACCUCCCAAGAUCUAGCACUCAAUCACAGCACGCCUUCUAAGCCCCUCCAAAAAUACACCUGGGGAGAUAUUGACAGCGCUAUCCUCGCCGGAGAACUUCUUGUCGUCGCCAACGGUCAAUACGUUUACGAUAUCUCCCGAUGGGUGUCCUCUCACCCCGGUGGGCAACUGAUUAUGUACACGGUGGCAGGAACGGACAUUACCAACGAUUACUUUGGGGAAGCGGGUGUAGAUCCCGACGAGUUUUUGCGGCGAGAAAAUGUGAGCGACGGUAUCGACCGUGCGUCUGUUCUUCCAGAAAUAAACGGCAAGAGCAACUUGAACAAUAGCUUGCCCCGCGUCAGGACCUUGCCUCGUCGCAAAACGCUCAUGGAGGCUAGCUCGCCGAGGUCGAGCUCAGCCGCCCCACCAACGUACGGCUCAACAAGCUUUACCGAACAGGAAUGGCGGCUGAUUCAAAAGUCACGGAGAACCCAUUCCCACACUAACGCAGCCCUCGCAAGACUCUCCACCUUACUGGUGGGCGAAAUCACAGGUUCAUCCGCAACCUGGAUUCCAGCCCAAUACCAUCGAUACGCCCUCGUAUCGUCGACUCUCCUCACUCCACCCUCGCACUCAUCCCCCAUCUACAAGCUCAAAUUCACGAUCCUCUACCCACACACUGCAACCAACCCACCCCACUUUGUUCCAGGACAGGCCAUCCAGCUCUCAACGCGCAUCAACAACACCAUCCACACGAGAUUCUACACUCCCAUAAAUGGAUCUAUGGGGUCCUUUGAAAUCAUUGUCAAACACACUGGAGGGCCCGUAUCCUCCUUUUUGACUCGAUCUAAAGAAGGGGAACGACAAUGGAAGUUCCGAGGACCGUGCGGUGUGGGCACGUUCUCAACACACCCAUCUCGUCCCCUCUCAUCCACACAAAGCAUUCCUGAAAAAAUUCUUUACAUCUCGGCGGGUUCGGCACUCGUUCAAGCCCUUCAAUUCCUUUCAACCCUCUUUUUACCCGCCCAAGUUCCCCUCCAAGUCUUCCAAUCCUACUCACCACAAAACCCCGACGAACUCGCCCUGUCUCCCUCCGAUCAAGUUCUCGUCCACUCACACUCUUAUGAUGGAUGGGCAGAAGGGCGCAACAUAACCACCAACGAGUCUGGUGUCUUCCCCUUGGGCGUCACGUAUCCCCCAUGUGGGGCCCUCCCCGUCGUGACGCUCUUAUCGUGUGUACAUUCUGUUGAUGACUGUAUUGGCCGGGAACUUAUUGAGGGAGCUUGCUUGGCCUAUCCAGGCCAGCUUCGUGUCAUGUGGGUUCUUUCCACACCAGCGCCAAAAGCUUCGUUUUCGGACUCGUGCAUCGUGCACGAGGGAAGGCUGGAUCAAGCCGUCUUGGACCAGGCAUUGAAUGUUGCGGGGUGGAAUAGGACAAUGUCGGAUGCAUCGCAAAAGAUUUUGGUGUGUGGUCCAAAGCCGUUUGAAGGGUUCGUGUAUGAGAGUUUGGUGGAUGGUUUGGGCGUCUCGCAUGCGGAAGUAUGUGUGCUACCAGAUGAGCCAAAGGUUGCAGAGUCGUCAUAGGCAUUGUUAGUGUAGCGUUUGAAUAGUUUAAGAGGCGAAGUUUGGAUAGACUCGUCUCCCACAUGUACCAUAUAGUCUGUAGGAUCAGUUUGCAAAAGCUUGUAUAGGAAGUAGGCUGCAACAUGAAAAGAUUAAAGAAUACUGACUCCAGCCAAAGAUCUCCAUUUCCUCAA